AUGCAUGCGCGUGAAUUAAGCAAGCGUCUGCAUAAACAAGGCCUUCACCAUGUGUCCGCAAACUCUCUUCACCCUGGAGUUGUGAACAGCAAUCUCAGUCGUCAUACGCCUCUUCUUAUGACACCAAUCCGUCAGCUAAGUGCGCCGUUUAGAUGGCUUUUCCUGAAAACUGAUCGCGAUGGUGCGCAGACAUCCCUUUAUUUGGCUUUAAGCAAGAAAGUGGAUGGCAUCAGCGGAAAGUAUUUCAACAAGCGUCUGCAUAAACAAGGUCUUCACCAUGUGUCCGCGAACUCUCUUCACCCUGGAGCUGUGAACAGCAAUCUCAGUCGUCAUACGCCUCUUCUUAUGACACCAAUUCGUCAGCUAAGUGCGCCAUUUAGAUGGCUUUUCCUGAAAACUGAUCGCGAUGGUGCGCAAACAUCCCUUUAUUUGGCUCUAAGCAAGAAGGUGGAUGGCAUUAGUGGAAAGUACUUCAAGUAA